GGGCCCACACGUCAGCAUCUCUAGAGUUAGCGUGGUACUCCGUAGCAACUAGCGACUCUCCUUGUUGGCCCCCUUCGCAUCCAGAAUCCGCGUCACCAAUUCAGAAGCCGAGAUAGAGAAGCGAGCGAGGCAGCACAAAUCCCCAAUCCGAUAUCACUGCUCCGCCCAAAGAUGGCGGCGGCAUGGGUGCUGCUGGCGGUGAUGCUGGUAGCAGCACAGAUGGCGUCGGCGGCGCCGGUGAUGGCGCCAGCGUUCCUCUGGGCGCCCAAGAACUACGGAUUCCGUUCCAAUGAGGCCAAGGAAGUAGUCCACUAUCAGACAAUCUCUCCAAAGAGUUUAGCUAAAUCUGUUCUUCAGGAAGGUGGCUGGUCAAACUUGGUGUGUUCAAGGGAGGAUGCUCAUAAAAAUGUUGAUGUUGCUGUUGUUUUUCUUGGCUCAAAGCUACAAUCGUCAGACAUAUCUAAAGAUAAGCAGGUCGAUCCAGCUUUAGCAGACACAUUGAAGCUCUCCUUCACAAGUUCAGAGUUUUCCAUGGCAUUCCCUUAUGUUGCCACGUCAGAUGAUGAGAAAUUGGAGAACUCAUUGCUAUCUGGAUUUGCUGAGAAUUGUAACAGUGGUUUUGAAGGAAAGCAUAUCACCUACACAGACACGUGUACUGUGAGUGGUCAAGAUCUGAAGAAACAUCGCAGCAUGGAUUCUAUUCAUGACUUGGUGAUGUCACGGAUGGGAAACAGCCCACAGACUGAUCUAAUUGUCUUCUGCAGUGGUGGUUUUGAGGAUUUAGACCCUGCGAAAUCAGAAGGAGAGUUGCUUUCGGAGCUGGUUGCUAUGCUGAAGAAGUUUGGGGCUAAAUAUACGAUUCUUUAUGCUUCUCAACCAACUGGUUUAUUGGAGAACCCUUCCAACCUGCCAUUAGGCAGGUAUCUUGCAGAGAAGAUCAAUACUACUAAAGCUGGCCUGAGCAAAUGUGAUGGAGAGUGCCUAGUCAUAUCAACUCUUCUGGAAGGAACUUUUGUCGGAAUAGUGCUUCUUAUCAUCUUGAUAUCAGGACUCAUGUGCAUGAUGGGAAUUGAUACUCCCUCAAGGUUCGAGGCUCCCCAGGAAUCCUGAUCCCACUGUAAAGAUCAGGUAUGGGAGCUUUAGAAGGAACAAGGAGUACGAACGACCGAUGUUGUUGGUCUGCGCUAUGGAUGUAGUUAGUUUCCUAUUCUAAGUGCCUUGUGUAUUAUAUUGAGCCAACUACAAUGCGAUCAUUUUUUGGUGUAAUAUUACAUCUCAUACCUACGGAGAUCUAGCUGAGCUUAUGAAAACAGCUACUUGAGCAAUGAUUGUGUUGUACCAGAUUUAGCAUUGCUUCCAGUGUUUUCUGUGAAUAAACUGGAACUCAUCUGGCAAAUAAGAUGUGUUCAUGAAAUAAAAAUUUGUUAUUUUACUUAA